AUGAUCUCACGUUUACGACUUGGUGGUGGUUCUGGAGGUAAUAACAAUAAUGGUGCAGCUAGUGCAAGUUCCAGUCUCUUUGGUGCUGCUGCAUCCGCCAUGAGCAGUAUUAGUGGUGGUGGAAGUAUUUUACCAGGAAAUAGCAGUGUAGAGAAUGCAGCAGCUACAGCAGCUGCUAAUCAUACGGCUAAUUCCAAUACAAGUGGCACUUCAGGAGCUCCAGGCGUGGAAGUACCAAAUACUGGAAAAGCCGCAGGGGGAAGCUUCUUUGGCGUCUCUCGUAUGGUCGCACUCGUAAACCAGGCCAAUCGAAGUAUACAGACGUCAUUGCAGAGCACUGCAGUAGUUCCUGGGGGCAAAGUAGGUUUGCAAUCGAGAGGAUUGGGAUCGCACGAUGUUGACCGUGAUGGUCAAGUCAUAGUAGAGAUCUUUGAGAAUGAACGUCUUGAAGGGAAGCUGCAGUCUAUGGAUCCCAAAAACUUUAGUGACCGCCAUGCCGCACCUGGUGGUGGACAAGACGAAAAGCCAGAAGGAGAUCUUCCUGUUGGUCAUGAAUGGGUCACAGACUGGGAAAUUGAUCAGAAUUAUACAGCGGUGGACCGCGAUGGAUGGACAUAUGCUGCUGAUUUUGUCGAGAUUGUGCGUCUGCUUGGUGACGAUCUAAGUCACGCCUCGCGUCACCCCACUGAUGCUGUGCGUCGUCGUCGAUGGAUCCGCUACCGGCAGCCUGUGGACGAAAACGCGCCACAGUCUCCUACAGAUGUUAGUGGAACAAAGUCGUUAGCUUUAUCGGGCAACUCAAAUAACUGGGCCGAUUCGACCAGCGGACAUGGCAAUGACUAUAUGUUGGAUGAUAGCGAUGAUCCAUUCAUGCGCACUGCUCAAAAAACACAGACGGGCUUUCGAGUGAAUGUAAACUUUGCUCAGCGCGGAAAGAAAGACAACACGAAAGACUACCAGAGCAUUAGUUUGACGGAUGUUAUGUGGCUAGUGAACGCACACGACGUGGCAAAUGCACCCACUGAAGAAUUGAUGCGCGAGAAGACUGCCAACCUUGAGGAACAGAUUAGGGAGGCUACUGUACGCGCGAAAACGCUGGAGAAAGACCUUCGUGCUCAGCACGAUAAGCAGGCUAGAGAGCUUACAAUACAGCAAAAGAAGUUUGAUGCGCUCGUGGUACAGUACAAGAAGAUUCGGGCGGAAAAUGAAACCCUGCAAGCCACUGCAUCGGAGCGUCGUGUCAAAGUAGAAGCUUUGCGCAAGGAAGCGACUGAAAAAGAUAUGCUAGCGAACGAAGAACAACGCGCACUUAACGCGGAAACAGCAGCGCAGAACCAAGCGCUUGAGGAAAAAGCCAAAGCUCUUGCGACUGCGCGUAUGCGUUACAAGCGUGACAACAAACAGCUUGCCGCGGCAGUGGAGGAUGCAAAGAAGCGUCUGGAGCAGCACAAGGCCCAGGCCAAUGUGGAUUCACAGGAUCCUAUUGCCAAGGAUUUGAAAACUGAAAUGGAUAAGGUGCGACAGCUCCACGCUAAGUUGGAAGCUGUACGCCAGCACCGUCUCGUCGUUGAAGAGGAAAGCAAGGCACUAUUCAACCAAGUGGUAGAAAAGAAGGCUGACCUGAAGUUUAAGUCCAAGAUGAAGAUGGAGACGGCUUUGAGCGAGGUGGAUGCAAAAAUUAAGACAUUGAAGGAGGAACAAGCUUUGCUGUCGAAAAGCCUAGCGCAAAAACCUGAGGGCGAUGCUCUACGCAAGAUAAAUGCUCGAAGGAACGACAUCAGAAGUGAACUUGGUGCAUUGAAGGAGAGGCGGACUAUGUUACUUGCGGAGAAGCGAAAGCAAGAGGGUGUAGAGCUGUAG